CAUCACAGCACCAUGUCGAUCGAAGAACAAAUCAUCCUCAUUACCGGCGCCUCCGGCUUCGUCGCCACGCAGGUUGUGCGCCUCUUCCUGCAACGAGGCUACCGAGUGCGCGGCACGGUGCGGUCCGAGCAGACGGCCGAGAAAGUGCGCAGCAUCUUCCCUGAAUACAAGGAGAAACUGUCCUUUGCCAUCGUCCAGGACAUCGCCCAGCCGGGAGCAUUCGAUGAAGCUGUGAAGGGGGUGCAGGGCAUUAUCCACACAGCCUCCCCCUUCCAAUUCCGCGUGGAAGACAACGAGCGCGACCUCCUCCAGCCCGCCAUCCGAGGCACCCGCUCCCUCCUCGAAGCCACCCAGCACCACGCCCCGCAAGUCAAGCGGGUAGUCCUCACCUCCUCCUUCGCCGCCAUCAACCACCUGCGCAAAGGCUACUGGCCCGAACACACCUACACGGAAGCCGACUGGAACCCGGACACCUACGAGGAAGCCCGAACGGCCGACGGCCCGACCGCCUACUGCGCCUCGAAAACGCUGGCCGAGAAAGCCGCGUGGGAGUUUGUGGAAACCGAGAAGCCCAACUUCACCCUCGCCACCAUCUGCCCGCCCAUGAUCUACGGGCCCGUCGAGCAGCCCGUCGCCAGCAUGGACCGGCUCAACGAGAGCGCCGCCGAUGUGUAUCGGUUCAUGAACGGGAGUCUGACCGAGAUCCCCGCCACCGGGUUCCCCGCUUGGGUGGACGUCCGCGAUGUGGCCGAGGCGCAUCUGCGGGCGUACGAGGCGGAGCAGGCGGCGGCCAAUGAGCGGUUCUUUGUCGUGGCCGGCAAUUUCUUCUAUGACGAGGUGUGCGAGGUCUUGCGAGGGGUAGAGGGAGUGGACAAGGCGAAGGUGCCGGUGGGGAAGACACAGGAGCGGCCGAAGGUGUAUGGCGUGUCGAAUGAGAAGGUGAGGAGUCGGUUGGGGAUGGAGUUUUAUUCCCUCGAGGCGAGCAUUCGUGAUACGGCGGAGAGUUUGUUAAAAUUGGAGAAGAAGUUGAAACAGUAAGGAUUGUUUAUUUUGACUUGAUUGGAUAGAUGUAUGAGAAUGAAUGACUGAGAGCAGUCUCUGUGUCGUG